GCCGACCGUCGACUGUCAUCUCAAACUCGAAUCGAAAGUGCAGGAAAGGGUGAAAGGCAACGUAAACAACAUUAGUGUUGUAUCUGUCUAUUGAUGGGUUGAUUUAAACUUCGUUUAUUUCUUUCUCAUAAUUAUGUCGUUGCAUGGUGUAAGACGAUGCUCUGUUAAGGGUUGUCAAUCGACUUCCCUUAACCACAAGCGUUUCCAUCACUUCCCCAAGGAGGCAGAAAGGAGCAAGACGUGGACUCGCCUCUGCGGAAAUGAAAUACUUCUGGGCGUUGCCGCGGCUGAAAUGCAUAAGAGGUUCCGUGUGUGUUCACUCCACUUUUCUCGAGAGCAGUACUUCAGUAAUGAACUUUAUAGGCUGAAGUUUUAUAUGGGUGGCGCAGUUCCUGAUCAAGCACUCGGUAACCCACUAAGUGAAGAACUGAUAGAAAGUUGGUGGAAAGCAGGGACAUUGGAGCAAUUUCAGAGAAAAUUUGUCGCGGCAAGAAAUAGAAGAAGUAAAUACGAUGUAAGUGAUAUAAGUGGUAUGACCCCUUUGCCACAUCUCUCUUGGAGUAAUUACACCAUGGAAAAGGACCUGCUCCAUGAUAACACCAUGGAAAAGGACCUACUCCAUGAUGACACCUCUGUGCAAAGAACUAGAAGAAGUAAAUAUGAUAUAAGUGAUAUAAGUGGUAUGACUCCUUUACCAAAUCUCUCUGGACGUAAUAAGACUGUGGAAAAAGACCUACUCCAAGAUAACACCACUUUGCAAAGAAAUAGAAGAAGUAAAUACGAUAUAAGUGACAUAAGUGGUAUGACCCCUUUACCUGAUCUCUCUGGAAGUAAUAACGGUGGCAUCAGCCCUUGCCAAGAGGAGUUCGCUUUGUUUGAUAAUUUGGAUCAAAGCAAACCAGGACCUUGCGCUUCAGAAUGUGGUGAUGAAGGAUUUGCACCAAUGGAGUAUUUAGACCACUAUGAAAGUGAAGCUAAUUUGGAGCCCACUCCAAUGAACUCUGGCAGUUAUGAUGUUGGCAGCAGUCAUUCCCAAAAAAAUAUUUCUUUGCUUGAGGCUCCAGAUCAAAGUAAACAAAAUGGAUCUGCUUGCAGUCUUAAGAAGAGCUCUGUUGAGAAUGCUAAUGCACCUGGCAUACUUGGUAGUCCUUUUGAAGAUGUUGAAGCAUCAAGUACAUUUGAUAGCCCUUUGGAAGAUACUGAUGUGCCUGGCAAACUUGGUAGUCUGUUCCAACAUUUUAAUGAAGGAUCUGCACCAAUGGAGUACUUGGACUACGUGGAUUACAAUGAAAGUGGACCCACACCCUACAGGGAAAAGUGUCACAUAGGAGCACUUACUUUAAACGACUUUAAAACUGAAAGAAGGGCAGAGAGGUCUUUGUGGUUGGUGAAAUCCAAGUUUAAGCAAAUGCAACAUCAAAACAGGCAGUUACAGCAGAAGCUUAAAUAUGCUCAAAAUAAAAUUAAAGAAUUAGAGUCGAUGCUGGCGUCAUCUGGAGGAGAAGAUUCCAAUCAAGAAUGAAGUGUUACUCCUCCAUGCCUGAUAGUGAAGACUUCAAAGGACCCAAUGCAAGAAGCCCCCUGCUCUCGAACAUGCUCUGCUCAGCAAUGCUCACUGUUUGUGAGCUUGCUUGAGCUUCAAAGCCAAAAUGCUGCACGGAGCAUUUCCAACAUAACAAUUACACGUUAAACAAGAACAGGAGGAGGGGGAGACGCCAUGAGAAGAGAUUAAUGCCAAUGCCAAAGAGAGAGGAUGACAUGAAUUCCUCUUUCGAUUGAUCUGUGAUAAGUUCAUAGCCAUAUUCAUCAAGUUGUUACUGUACGAGUCUGAUGGGUGGUGUAAUUCAGUGGCCAUCUGCAUUACAACCAGGAAGAAAAAACACCCACAUGAUUGAGGACUAGGUAAUCAGGCCUUACCCCUUUUUGCUGCUUCUCUGCUCAACCUUAAGGACAUCCCAAUGUAAAAUUCAAAUUUUGAAUCAAUCCUCUUAAUUUUGGUAAUCAAUAAAAU